AUGGGCCCUUCUACUUUCUGUGACGACCUCCCUACCUCCCUGGCGGACUUACUUUCCAACACCUUGAUCCUGCGCCAGACUGCUCCCUACCUGCCAAUAUCUGCCCUUCGUAACCUGUCGCGAACCUGCAAGUCUCUACAUCAUGCCGUCUUCCAGUCGCCAGAAGCCUUCCGCUACCUGGACCUCUCCCCUGUAAAGUCUGCUAUUGUGCCUUUCGAUGGACCUCUUGAUGUCGGUGGUGUCAGUUUUCGCGCUGAGCGAAUGGAUGAAGCCCUCACAGAAGACGAUUUCUACAGCGGUCCUCUACGCCACAUCUUCAACAGGCUGGAGAAGCUCCAUGUUCUGCGUAACGUACAUACACUUGUCCUAGACGGACUCAGCGUGACAGCAGAGUUGGUCAAAGAAUUGCUUACGGAAGAACGAUUCAACGUUCGUAUACUUUCUAUUCGCGAAGCUAAGCACAUGAACGAGCGCAAGCUUCAGCAAUACCUCCGAUAUGCGGUUCGACCAUCAAGGCCCGCGGGCACACCUCGAGUCAAAGGCAUCUACAUCUUUGGACCCCGCGACCGAACACCGCGUCCUGCAUCGCCCGUGACGAGAAAACUGUCCGCAGACAUUCCUAGAGGCGUGACGACUUCACAAGGGGCGCAGAUUGGGGCACAAUGGAACGAGAAAUCGCAACAAGCCUUGGAUGCUGUACUAGCGCAGACCGAGGACAAAUGGUAUCAAUCUUCUGGCAAAAUCAUACCAAAGCGGCCGUCCCCGGAAUGGGCAGAAAUACUCCAAGCAUGCGAAGGCAUCAUUGCUUUCGAUGCUGUUCUGUGCAGAGGACCACGACAUGACCCGAGCAAAGCAUAUGUUAGGGAUGCAACUGCGAGUGGAGCGACUCAUCCAUCCUCUUUCCUGCGGCCUACAAUCGCAACUGUCGCACUUGGCCCAUCGGGCUGCGAGACAUGUCACUCGUCUCCAGAAGGACCAGCAGUUUUCGGCGACUCAAGCCCAUCACAUCAUCCAUUACUCAGCCCGGUACCGCUGCAUGGCUCCUCUGUGCGUGCUGCCCAGAUACCGCAUACUCUCGACGGUUCUGCGCCACCGCCUCUGAUAGUGCGAUGCGAGGACUGCCUCAAGGGACGCUGGUGCGAAAGAUGUCACAAAUGGUGGGACGAGGAUUGUUAUACUGGAUCCGUUACCGCCCAACGUACGGAACUACAGCAGACCGAGCUUACUGAGAGCUUGAAACCUGAUGGGACUAGUCAACUGCUCCCAAAGCAAACGAUCAAGGUACAUAUGGGCCUCUGCGUGGAACACUGCCUCCGUGAAGAAAUGAUGGCUGGAGCCGGUAGCGACGGGAUGUGGGGAUGA